AUGAUGGAAUAAAAAACCACAAAGAUCUAUAAUUUUUAAGAUUUUAGAAAAUGUAGGAAAUCAAAGCAAAUAGAUCUUAAAAUUAUCCCUAAUAAUUCCAUUAAUAGCAAUGAUGCAUAAAAAUUGGUUUCUGGUCUAGCACACUGCACUAAUCUCAAAUCUUUGGUCCUUAAUCUCAUGAAUAAUCGAAUUGAAUCGUAUUAUGCAUCAUACUUAGGUUCUAGCUUAGCUCACUGUACUAAUCUAACAACUUUGGAACUUAAUUUGAUAUCUUCUUCUUUUGGGAAUAAAGGUCUUAUAAGCUUAAGUUCUGGUUUAGCUCAUUGCACUAAUCUUACAACUUUUAUAAUUAAAAUCGGAUCCUCUGAAAUCAAUGUAGAAAGUGCUUCAAGCUUGGGUUCUAGUUUAAGUUGCUGGAAUAAUCUCACAAUUUUUGAACUUGACCUUUUUUGUAAUUCAAUUAGUGAUGAAGGUACAUCAAAUUUGUGUUUAGGUUUAUCUAAAUGCACUAAACUUACUACUCUGGUACUUGACCUUUCAUAAAAUAAAAUUAGUGAUUUAGGAGCAUCGAGCUUGGGUACUGCUUUAUCUAAGUGCACUAAAAUAACAAAUUUGAUUUUAAAUUUAUCCGAUAAUUCAAUUCAUUCAGAAGGAGGAAUUUGCUUGAGUUCUGGUUUAGCUCACUGCACAGAUCUCAUAAAUUUUACACUUAAUCUUCGAAGGUAAAAUUCAAUUGGUUAAUAAGGAGAAUCAAGUCUUGGUUCUGCUUUAUCUCAGUGCACUAAAUUAAGAACUUUGACACUCAAUCUAGAAGAUAAUAAAAUUGGUAUAGAAGGUGGAUCAAGCAUAUACUCUAUUUUAGCUCACUGUACUAAUCUCACAAGUUUAAUAAUUAACCUUAACGAUAAUUAAAUUGGUGCAUAAUUCACAUAAAGCUUAGAUUUUUGUUAACAGAAAUUAUCUAAUCUCUAAACUUUGAAACUUCAUCUCUAUAAAAAUUAAAUUAAUGGAAAAGGCGCAUCAAUUCUAGCUUCUCAUUUAGCUUGCUGCACUAACCUCACAAUUUUGAAACUUGACCUCAGUUAUAAUGAAAUUAAUGAAAAUGGUUUAAAAAGCUUGGCUUCUAGUUUAGCUUACUUCACUAAUCUUAAAAUUCUGGAACUUAACCUCAUGCACAACAUUAAAGUUCUUGAAAAUGAAGAAGGUUUGUUAAGUUUGAAUUCUAGUUUAGCUUACUGCACUAAUAUCUCAACUUUGAUGCUUAACCUCUCCUUUGCUAGAUUUUGUCUUUAAGACGUAAAAAAUUUGUGUUGUGCGUUAGUUCAGUGUACUUAACUCUAAAAUUUGAAACUUAAUCUUUGUUUAUCUAAUUUUGAUCAUUAAGAUACUUAAAAUUUGAGUUCUGCUUUAGCUCAGUGUAAUAAACUCUAAAAUUUAGAACUAAGUUUCUAUGAUUUAAACAUUUAAGAUUAAGGUGUACAAAAUUUGAGUACUGGUUUAGCUCAAUGCACUAAUCUCUAGACUUUCACAAUUGAUUUAGGUUAUAAUUUAAUACAUCAUUAAGGUAUAUCAAGCUUAAGCUCAGCUUUACUUUAGUGCAAUAAACUGAGAGCUUUGAAUCUUAACAUGAAUGUAGAAGAAUCAAGCAUAGCUACUAACUUAGCUAUUUGCUUAGCUAACUUGGUCAAUCUCUCAUUUUUGAAACUUUACCUUUAUAACCUUAGUUUAUCUGGAGAAUAAUAUCUUAAAGCAAAAAUUAAUAAAAUGAAGAGACUGGUGAUCAAUAUUUUUUGA